AUGAACCACAUUCUUCACCCAGAACUCGAAUUGCUCUCAGACGACGGUCUGCAUGCCGCCGAUACUGUAGGACUGCACGCUCUACGUACCGCUCCGAUCGUUACCGGAGACGCGUUGCAGGACAUUGGUCUAGAGACUCUACCGCAGAGGGCUGUCUAUGGCGAACUUCUAGAGCAGCACGCCGAUGGAUUCCCUCUGCAUGCGCAGGUCCCUCAGCUCUACAUUAACACUAAUGCACCCUUUAGCGCGUUGGUGUGUGGUGUUCAGGGAUCCGGGAAGAGCCACUCGACAUCAGUUCUGCUAGAAAGUUGCCUCAUACGGGACAAAAGACUGGGUACCUUGCCUGCGCCGUUGAGCGCACUCGUUUUCCAUUUCGACACAGCGGCCGGCGGUAGCCUUGUCCAGCCGUGCGAAGCGGCUUAUCUCGCCGCUUUACACCCGACUCGUGGGCGUGAUGCUCGUGCUCCUCCUGUGAAAGUCCUGGUGAUGCCCAAUAGCCUUCCAACGAUGCGACGAGUCUAUGCUGGUUUACCUGGUGUGACAGUAGAAGCGCUGCGCUUCAGCUCUACAGACAUCAAUGGUCCUCGCCUUCUCUCGAUGAUGAAGUUAGAAGAUGGAGCUCAAAUGCCAUUAUACAUGGAGAGCUUGAUGAAUCUUCUACGUUCGAUGGAGAGCAACUUCGAUUACGCCCGAUUCCGUCGCGAGCUAGAUGCCCAGGACUUCAGCCCUGGUCAACGCUCUAUGCUGAACCUACGGCUUGCGUUAUUGGAUUCCUGUCUGACUGGGGGCUCCCCACAGAAUAGUGUGUCUAGCCAGUUUCUGGAUGGGCAGCUCACUAUCAUCGACCUCUCGUCUCCCUUCAUGGACCCCAUGUCUGCUUGUGGCCUGUUUGAUAUCAUUCUUGGAUUGUACAUGGAGGCGGACUGUACCUCUGGGAAGCUCGUCGUUCUCGACGAGGCUCACAAGUACUUAUCAGAGUCCUCAUCGCGGUUGACCGAGUCACUCCUGACCGUAAUCCGCCAACAGCGUCACCUCGCGACCCGCGUCGUGAUCUCGACGCAAGAGCCGACAGUCGUACCAGAAAAGCUCUUGGAUCUUUGCUCCUUCAUCAUAGCCCAUCGUUUCACCUCCCCCCUCUGGCUCAAAGCACUUACUCAGCAUGUUGCUACCGAUCAGAGCGAACUCAAGGAACUCGCCUCUAAGAUUGUCGCACUGCGCACCGGUCAAGCCAUCCUAUUCACCCCGUCUGGGAUCGCGCGACGUAGCAAAACACAUGGCGACGUUGCACCCUUUGGCAGUGGUUACAUGCUUGUCAAGUCUCGGCACCGCGUCACUCGAGACGGCGGGCACUCCCUAUUAGCAAUGUCGGAGACCGCAGAGGUGAAUGGGGACGCCCGUGUGCGGACCGCCUCAACACUCGCUCGGGAUGUGAUGCCCGCGCCUUAUCUUGAUGGUCGCUCCCAUUCUCUUGCAUCUCCACCACAAGUGGAUGUCACGGUGCCCAGGGUGACCGGCCUGCAGACCCCUUCCUCGACCUGCAGCGCUGCGGAGACGCCAUAUGACUCCACCGCCGACAAAGCUGACGACUCUGAUGGUCGGCUUAUAAGCCACCUGGUCGAUUAUCUCGCGAAGCAAGCGAAAGCUGGAUCAACUACUGUUGGGUUCGACAAGGCGAGGAAGUUCAUGAUACAGAAGCAUGGACUAGGUGGAUCUGGCGCGAGCAAGCGUUUGAACGAUCUAUUCGUGAAAGCGGAUCGCCUAGGUCGGGCCAGAAUCGAAUACAGCGGUGGCUCAAAAUUGCUUUCCCUCGCCUGA